AUGAAAAUAUUAGUACUCUUAUUAUUUUUUUCUAUAUGUAUUGUAAGCUAUUCAGUCCAAAUAGAACAAAAUGAUUGGAAUUUACCUUUAUAUACUCUUAAUACAACGACUCAACAAAGAAAUUACUGUGGAACAAACGGUUUAAAUAUUAUCACUUGUUUCAAUGAUACCGUCCAAAGAAUUACAAUUAGACAUGUACCAGCGAAAAAAAAUAAAUUACUUUCAACUAUUGAUCUUAUUUGUUUUAAUUCUUUGAUAUCGAUAGCUGUUAUUGAUGCCAAUACCGAAAACAAUUUCCUUUAUGGUGAAUUUCCAUUAAAACUCGAAAGUCUUCGUUUGGAUAAUGGUAAUCUAACUUCAUUAUUUAAUUAUGUUGAUCUUUCAUUAGGUUUUAAUAAUACAAUAGUCAGGAAUCAAAUUAAAAAACUUAUUUUAUAUGGUGGAGUUUCAAAAUCUGAAAAUGUAAAUAUAUAUUUUUCAACACUUUCACAUUUUUCCAACCUAUAUUUCUAUAUCGAAGAUGGUGCCACAAUAACAAACCAAACAAAUUUCAAUUUUAUAAAUGAUUUAAAUGAAACAAAGAAAUCAUCAUUCCAAUCAAUUACAACCUAUUGUUCAAAUGUACCAUCAUUAGACUAUAAUAAUGUUAUUUUAAACUAUGUUGAAUUUACAUAUUUACCAAGUUUUGAUUAUGAAUCAGUUUCAAAUUAUUCAACAUAUUCAAAUGUUGUUUCUCUUGAACUUAAUUCCAAUAAAAAUGAUCAAGUUUACCCAUUCCCAUUAGGCCUUUCUAAAAUUCCGCCUGGUAAUCAGUUAACUUCUUUAUCUAUUAAUCAUUUAAUAGAAAAGCCUCCUUACUUUAUAGAUUUAUCAAAUUUAGAUUCAAACAUUAGUAGAGGAAUAUAUACUAGUAAUCAAAUAGAAAUUUUAAAUGCUGGCAAUUCUUUCAAUAUAGAUGGAGUAUUUCCCUUCACUUCUUUCCCCAAAUAUUUAGAUUCUUUUACCUUUGAAUAUGGAAAUUUAAGCAGAUUACCAGAUUUUGAAAAUAUUUUUAAUGAAAAUAUUGAGUAUAUAGAUAUAAGUAAUAAUAUAAUUACUGAGAAUAUAACUAGAACAUUAGAAUGGCCAGGAAGAACUAUUACACUUUACCUAAGAAACAAUCAUUUGAAAGGAUCAAUCGAUGAAAGUUGGUGCAAAUUUAAUCUUGAGAUUUAUGGAAACUCUCUAAGUGGUGAAGCUCCAUCAUGUUUUGUUUGCCACAUUAAUAGUAAUUCCUUUGCUAUAACUGGUAACGCAUUCUCAAAUAUGGAACUAAAACCACCAUGUACCUCUGUGAUUUUAAAUUUAUGGUAUGAUAAUUCGACAAAACUAUUGUUUUUGUAUGGUCAAGAUAUUGGAUUUGCAAGAUCAGAUUUUAAAUUAUCACCAUCUUCAUUCAACCCUUAUUGUGGCCUUUUGGAUGAAAAGGUUUAUGAGAAUGUUAGAAAUGGUUUGUUUUGUUUAAAUUAUAGUCUACCUGGUCCAGUUCCCUUACAUAUAAAUAUUACCUACCCAAAAAUGCCCUCAAAUUCUCCAGUUAAAACAUUUGAAAUCUCAGCUUACAAUAUGUAUUUACCAUUAAUUAAUAGUGUUUCAAAAGAUUCAAAAACCAAUCUAUAUACUAUCGAUGGUCAAUACUUUGCAUACAAUAGUACUGUUAUUACCGUUUUAGUUGAUUCUCAAAUUUGUAUUGUAGUAUCUUGUAAUUUUAGAGAAAUCAAAUGUUUACUAUCGAAAAACAACAACAAUAAUAAAAACAACAUGAUUAAUACCAAUUAUUUACUAUCCGUUCAAAUUAUGAAUGUUUCAUCAAAUUUCAAUUUAACUAAAUGUCCAAAUGAUUGUAGUGGCGCUGGUAUUUGUGAUUUAAAUUUAGGUAUAUGUUCAUGUAAUUCAAAUAGAAUAUUUGAUGAUUGUAGUGGUUUCAAAUGUAUUGGAGAUUGUACUAGUUUAACAAAUUCUGAAUGUAACUUUACAAUUGGUAAAUGUGAAUGUAUAUCAGGAUGGGAAGGUGAUGAUUGUAAAACUCAAUUAUUUUGUCCAAAUGAUUGUAGUGGUAGUGAUGCAGGUAAUUGUGAUUAUAUAACCAAAACAUGUAAUUGUAAACAAGGUAGAACAUUUGCAUGCAAUACUGAUUGUUUAAACGAUUCAAAAUGUAAUUUUACAAUUGGCAAAUGUGAAUGUAUACCAGGGUGGGAAGGUGAUGGUUGCAGUAUUCGACCAAAAUGUCAAAAUGAUUGUAGUGGUGGUGAUGCAGGUAAUUGUAAUUAUAUAACUAAAACAUGUAUUUGUAAACAAGGUAGAGCAUUAGAUGAUUGUAGUGGAUUUGCAUGCAAUAUUGAUUGUUUAAACGAUUCAAAAUGUAAUUUUACUAUUGGCAAAUGUGAAUGUAAAGAUGGAUGGGAAGGUGAUAAUUGUAACACUAAGCAACCAAAUUGUCCAAACAAUUGUAGCGAAUCAGGUAUUUGUGACCGUUCAACUUUGAAAUGUUUAUGUGACUCUGAUAGAUUAUUUGAAGACUGUAGUGGAUUGAAAUGUAUUAUAAAUUGUAAUAACAAUUCAAUAUGCAAUAAUAAAAUUGGUAAAUGCGAAUGUCUAUCAGGUUGGUUUGGUGAUAGUUGUGAAAAUUCAGAAAAAUCUUCAUCUGAAUCCUCUGAAUCUUCUGAAUCUUUAUCAAAAUCAAACAAAACCAAAGUUAUAUUACUAUGCACUAUAUUGCCAUCUAUUGCAUUGAUAGGUAUAAUUUUGGUGGUCAUUUCAUUAAAAAAAAGAAAAAAUGAAGAUCAAUAUAAGUACCACAUUAAAUUAAAAUAA